AUGGAUGAAGUUAAGCUUUCUGUCUUGGGUGGUGAAGGCACCGGCAAGUCUGCCCUUACUGUAAGGUUUCUUACUAAGCGAUUCAUUGGAGAAUAUGCUUCGAAUUUUGAGUCUAUCUAUAAUAAGCAUUUGUGUUUGGAAGGGAAGCAACUGAAUCUGGAAAUAUAUGACCCUUGUUCUCAAUUGCAGAAAGCAAAAUUCUCUCUCACAAGUAAACUUCAUUGGGCAGAUGGGUUUGUUAUUGUGUAUGACAUCAGUGACAGAUCUUCCUUUGCUUUGGCAAAAGCCCUUAUCUACAGAAUUCGGGAGCCACAAGCUAGUCAUUGCAAAAGAGCUGUGGAACAGGCAGUGCUUUUGGUUGGCAACAAGCAAGACCUCUGUCAUGUGCGUGAGGUUGGCUGGGAAGAAGGACAAAAGCUGGCACUGGAUAACCGAUGCCAAUUCUGUGAACUGUCUGCAGCAGAGCAGUCUCUGGAAGUAGAAAUGAUGUUCAUCAGAAUUAUCAAGGAUAUUCUUACAAACUUCAAGCUCAAAGCAAAGAGAAGAUCCAGUGGAUCUAAGUCAAUGGCCAAACUGAUCAAUAAUGUAUUUGGAAAGAGAAGAAAGUCUGUUUAG